AAGAGCGAACUUCUUCCCCCCUCUGUCCUGUCUUCGUCUCUUGAGUUUGCUGCUUAAAGAGGAUAAGUCCACGAUUCCUUUUUGUAGGAACAUGACAGCGGUGAUAAAACAAAACAAGCUGUCAACAAGUUUCAGGCAACACCUGGAGCGAGCGUUCUGCCGCGAUAGCGCCACAAAUCAGUUUUAUCCGGCCGCUUGUGUCCAGCUGUUCUCGACAGGAAGGCGCCCGAAGAAGACCCAGGCGGCAUAACAAGCAACCCCUGUGGUUGCUACAGAAGACGGCUACUAAACAAGAGGACGACAUUCUCAGGGGUCGUACACUUGUAAAAGUCAAGCUCUUUUCAAGUGACAUCAGAGGGAGGCCGGACAACUCCCAAAAAAAAAUAAACCGAGGAAGAGAGAGAGAGAGAGAAAGAAAAACAAGCAAAGCCCUCACUGCCCUCCCUCUCCGACACCCCCCCCCCCCCCCUCAUCCUUUGUGAAAAAGCUCAAGGCAUCAGCGGUUGGAGCUCAGUCCGCUGAAGAGGCUGGCUUUUGAACCAUGCCCCCAGCCUGAGCCCCGGUACAGCCGACGCUUUAAGGAAGCAGGGCCUGCGCUAAAAGGCUGGCGGCUUGCUGCUACGCACGGGACGGAAGGGGCGAGUGAGGGGGGGAGCGGCUCAAACCACAAGGACAAAGACACGAAAAAAGGGAUGAUUCCUGAGCAGCACAACUCAAUGAAACCUCAACACGACAGGCACGCUAAACCAUAACCGGAGAAAACCAGCACCGACCCCAAGACUGGUGUCAAAGCAGGGAGGCCUGGAGGGAGCCCCAGUAGCCAUCCGUCAAUCCAUCCAGCCAGCCGGCAGCGAUGCAGGGGCCGAUCUGGAGCCUGUGCGCCUUGCUCUGCCUCUCUCUGUGGGAGGAAAGUUUCUGCAGGAGCUCAAGGGAGACGCGGAGAACCAAAGAGUUCUCCCUCCAGAGGAGUAAAAGAGCCGCUCAGGAUGCGGAUGACAAAAAGUGUUCCUAUACAUUCCUGGUGCCUGAGCAGAGAAUCACAGGUCCGAUCUGUGCCAGUACAACAGGCCCAGAGCCAGACAAAGACAGAGUGACCCGCAUGGACAUCGCAGAUGUGCGGGAGGUACUCAACAAGCAGCGGCGUGAGAUUGAGACACUGCAGCUGGUGGUGGAGGUAGAUGGCAACUUGGUGAACGAGAUGAAGCUGCUGCGGAAAGAGAGCAGGAACAUGAACUCCAGAGUGACCCAGCUCUACAUGCAGCUGCUGCAUGAGAUCAUACGGAAGAGAGACAAUUCUCUGGAGCUGGCCCAGCUGGAGAACCGCGUUCUGAACGUGACCUCGGAGAUGAUGCGACUGGCUUCGCGGUACAAGGAGCUGGAGGGCCGCUUCGCCACCAUGGCCGGGGUGGUUAACAAUCAGUCCAUUCUCAUCGCCGCUUUGGAGGAACAAUGCAUGAGGACGUUGGGACGGAGCGAGCUGCCCCCAGUUCCUCCGCUGGUGCAGGUGGUGCCGGAGAACAUACCCCUUGAUAACCGCUUCACCAAUGAGAUCGUGAGGAACAAUCGGGCCUUCCUCAGAGACUCUCGCAUGGAGGCACCUACAGCUAGACCCUUUGAUCCCCCGCCACCCCAAGGGACGAUCACCUCUGAUGGACCUUUCAAGGACUGUUACCAGGUGCGACGGGCGGGUCACUCCACCAAUGGUAUGUACCUGCUUAAGACUGAUAACAACGAAAGCCUAAUCCAAGUCUGGUGUGAGCAUAGCCUCGACAACGGAGGAUGGACAGUAUUGCAAAAGAGGAAAGAUGGCUCCGUCAACUUCUUUCGGAACUGGGAGAAUUACAAAAAAGGUUUUGGCAACAUAGAUGGGGAACACUGGCUUGGGCUGGACAAUAUCUACAGCUUGGCAAAACAGGGCGACUACAAGCUGAUGGUAGAGCUGGAGGACUGGACAGGGAAGAAGGUGUACGCUGAGUACAGCAGCUUCUACCUGGAGCCCGAGAGUGAAGGUUAUAAGCUAAGGUUGGGGACCUACCAGGGAAACGCUGGUGACUCCUUCAGCAGCAACAACGGCAAACAGUUCACCACCCUCGACCGUGACAGGGACGAAUUCUCUGGAAACUGCGCGCACUUUCAUAAAGGUGGCUGGUGGUACAACGCUUGCGGUCAGACCAAUCUAAACGGAGUUUGGUACAGUGGUGGAGUCUACCGCAGCAAAUUUCAGGACGGGAUCUUCUGGGCGGCCUACGGAGGGGGCUUUUACUCUCUAAAGUCUGUCCGUCUCAUGAUCCGGCCAAUUGACUGAGACUUGGGAUGGUGGUUCAUCCUUGCUACAUCUUCUACCCAUAAAUAAAUAAUAUCAAGAGGUGGAAUCAGGAAUCCUUGCCAUCAUAACAGAGUAAAAAUCAGCUGAGAGACAUUGGUCUAUUGCCAGACAAUAAUAACUCCAGCAGAACAGCUGAAAUGAAUAUGGUCUCCUACGAUCUCGGGCGGUUCCGGGCUAUCAGUAUCCCUGAGGCCAUUCAGUAUUACUCCAAUACAUUUUACUUGAUUCUGUCUUUCAAGACCGAGUAUGUAAUAAAGGAAAAUGGUAAUUUACUACAGAUAUGAGAUCUCUCUUGAGCAGCUAAUGAUGACUUAUUGAAAGUAGUGCUUCUUAUAUCAAGUGGCACCGGAUAUUUGUGCAACAUAGUGAAUGAACAAUAAUGAAUAAUAUGAGUUGAUGCCAUUUUAAUUUGAAAUGUUAAAAUGCCUAAAACAAAAUCUAACAAUGGAAGAUGGAUCUUGCUCAAUUUACUGUCAAAUUGUUUGUACGAUUAUAAUUUUUUUUUUUUACAACCAAAAGAAAGUGAACUCAUCGAUAUGUGUGCUUGUUGAUUGUGCAUAAGGCUAAGCUGGCUUUAGUAUGUAAAUAUUGUUGGCUUUAAUUGUUUAAUUUAAAAAAAAAGGUAUGACUCGACUCAGGCCUCAUGUUCAGUGUUCCCACUCUGCUAUUCUUUGUUGUUAUUUAUCAGUGUAUUUAUAGUAAUUGUAGUUAUCUCUGGCAAAUUUAUAUCUAUUCUUGUAACAGUACAAAUGUUCUUAUGUUUUUAUCCCAUGUAGAGGUGCAUUAAAAACCCCAGAACAGAUGUACGAAGGGGGAAAAAAAAAAAAAUAAGGAGUGCACGUCUGUUUGACAAGUGGAUGGAAAACAUAUGAUGUGAACUUACAGUCAUCCAAGAAAAAAUAAAACACUUAAAAAAAAUCCUGAA